UUUGUAUGAAUGUGUACAUCGUAUUCCAUAAAGUUAAUUUUUUUGUGUCGGUGUCGCUACACAAUGACGACGAUAGAAAUCUUUGAUUUUAAAAACAACUGAAGUUGUUUUCCGAAACGAGGUGAACACACUCAGAAACAGACGUGUUAAGUUGAUGACGUGUGUAGACGCGCGUCUUUUGCAGUGUAACGUGGUCAUGAAUGGCCGCCAUUUUUGUGGAGAAUAAAUCAGACAUGUUUACUUCUUGCAAAGGAAGCCAUCUUUUAUCUAAAAAUAAACACCAUAGAAUUUAGUGGAUCAGAAGUGAUUAAUGAACAAGACAAAAGGUGCUUGUUGAGCUAUGACGUGGUUCGGUGGUUGAGAAAGUAAGGAUGUUCAAACUGCGACUUCACCGUGCCAGGCUCGUCAUGAUUAAUUUAAUUAAGUGUUCAUUAUAUUUUAUUGACAGUCCAUACAAGGAUGUGAAAAUACUCGCUACCACAGGAUUAUUCAUUCAAUAGUGGAUUAUAUUUUAUGCUACUUACAACAAGGACAUAAUUACAUCUUACAUCGGACUCAUUGUAUUAAGCAAAUGUUAUACUUCUCAAACCAUUGAUAACCUUGGGUGAUUCAGUUUUCAAGCUGUUUUUAAAUCGUGGCAUAUGAUAGUUAACAUGGAUAUUAUUCUAACAAGUUCGAUUGUGAUCGAAAAUUAUUUUUAAAAUUGCAUUAUUUUAUUAACCAUGUAAGAUGUAAUUUGACUGUUACAGUAUUUGUAGUGGUCUUAAUACAUCUAUUGAAUUGAAUAUUAAAAAGGAAAUUUAAUUAGUUUUCUUACCGCAAGUUAGAUCAUACAGUUUUAUAACAAUGGAUAACUGGAGUGUUUACAAAUUAUUUCCCUUAUUAGUGUUAGUGACUGUAGGGGUAGAUAACUCAGGUGAACACGUUCUAAAUAACCAUUCCUUAAAUCUGGGUGCCACCAUAACAAAACUAGCCGUGAGUGAUAAGUACGUCUACGUAGGGGGAGUGAACUUUGUAGCCCAGCUGACCAAAUCGUUGGAUGUGGUUCUAUUUAAUCUGACCAUUGGACCGGUUUUAAAAGACGAAGAUUGCCGGCCACAAACCGGACCGUGUGACAACCAGGUGAUGGUGAUGGAGAUAGACGCCAACCUGGACAGGCUGGUUGUCUGUGGUACAGCCUACAGAGGGACGUGUACACUGCACAGUCUGUCUGACAUUACAGACUGGCGGUGUCUGUAUGGAGACAAUGGGGCAGACAUUUUAGCAGGGGGAGUAACUCAGACAACUGUACUCCAUUUUAUAAAUAAUACUUCCGGACAUUUCGCAACUGGAAACCACAACAAUAAAUCUUAUCCACCUUGUCGGUCAUCAGAAUUUGCCAACACAUCAACACAUCAGUCUAGCUACCGACCUCAACAAUCAACUAUCAUGAUAGCAGGAUAUGUUUACAGAAACUCUUUAGAUUCCGAGCCAAUGCUGAUGUCGUUACGACAAAUAAAUUACAUCGACGACAAAUUCAUCAUCAGCUACGUUCUGGAUGGGGAUAGUAAACCCCGGGGGGUCAGCAUCAAGCCCGGGGAGAGGGACCGGUUCUUCACAGACUUCAAGCUGUCUUUCUACUGGCAAGGUUUUUCUUACCUGCUGUCCACACAAAACUACAGCGGUACAAGCAGGACAGUGGUGACUCGAGUUGACCACAACACCAAUGUUUUCUCGUUUGUUGAAACUGAGUUGGUCUGUGGGGAGAAUAAUGCCAGUGUAACAUCAUUUACAGUGGGAAAAUUUUUCAUCGAUAAAGGAAGUACAACACUAGUCGAACCAGUUUUGUUGGUCGCUGUGUCUACACGUUCUGGUGCAGGGAUGUGUGUGUACAUGUUGCAGGACAUAAACACAACGUCGGAAUUUAGUCAAACUGAGUGUGAUAAAGGGACGGAUACAAUGGCCAGUCCCGUGACUUGGGUUAAUGGAAGUAUUGGUAAAUGUGAGCAAAACAAGAAAAAUCUGUACGUCAAGAACUCAGAUAUCUUAAGACAAGAUUCUAUUGAGAACUCUUCCCAGCCAAUACAACAAAUCUAUGCAUACACGAUCCCAUCGGUGUCUGAACAAAUGGACAUUUUUCUGGAUACAAAUUCUUCGUCGUUAUCAAAUAUUAAGUUACAUCUGAUAAAGAACCGUACAAACAAAACGAACAUGAAGUCAUUAGCUUUACCUGACAUACGAGGCAGAAAUAUUGGCGUUCUUGAUGAGACAAAUGCUGAAAUAUUUUUAGUUAGUGGCAAACAGAUUUACCACGUAGAUAUCGACAACUGCAGCAUAUUUUCCAACUGUUCAGUUUGUCAGCGACAAACCCAUAACUGCCGAUGGUGCCCUAAACUAAAUAAAUGUAAAGUCAAAGUCACAGACAAUAGCAAGUGUGGGUCUGAUCAGGAACGACGGACAUGUCCACCAAAGUUGUUGAAGUUUACCCCCACCACGGCCCCCACCAAUGGCGGCACAGUUCUGACCUUGUACGGCGAGUUGCUGGGUGACCAGGAUCUCAACACUGCUGGUAAUGUUACGGUCUGUGGUCAACCUUGUGACAACACUACCAUAGUCAGCGACAGGGUGUUGACAUGCAGAACACGACCCCAGUCUGGUCCCACACUGUGUAACAUCACUGUAGAGACCGUGCUAUUAAAACACAGUCACGGCCUGACCUCAUCAGCUGAGAUAAAAGACAAUGGAUACGUGCAGUUUGUGAAACCAAGUGCUUCAUCCAUAAUACCAAACUAUGGUGCCAGGUCAGGUGGUACCGUGUUGACCAUUGAAGGAGAUCAUCUUCUCUCUGGCAGCCAUAGAAGCGUUCUGGUCGGCAACAGGAGUUGUGACGUCAUCACGCAUAGCAUAAACCUUCAGUGCCGGAUAGCUAACAGCUCAUCCAACGACAACAAUGUCAUGGUGACCCUAACAAUUGACAACUUUACCCAGACCUUGAAGCAGACGUUCAACUUCCGGCCAGAUCCACAAAUCUAUCACGUGACCCCAACUAAAACAAUUCUCAGUGGUGGCAUUAAAGUGAACAUUUCUGGGCGAAAUUUUGACAGUGUGUACAAUCCCAGGAUCUCAGUAGCUGUAAACUUAAGCCAAAUAUAUGAGGUCGAGUUCUGCAGUAGAAAUAAGCAUGAAGUCUUCACAGACUCGCACAUCGUGUGUAAGACACCAGACAUGAAGAACAUCACAGAGAAAGAAAUCCUUGAAGCCCAGAUCAACGUCAAGAUGGAUGGUGUGCAGUACAACGUUACACCGUUUGAGAUCCACAGAGAUCCAAAGUUUGAGGUCUUUGGUGUUGAUGAGGUCAUCACAGACACUGGGGAUAUUACCAUAAGGGGUGAAAACAUCCCAACGUGGCUGCAUGUUGAAGAAAUUAAAGUUUAUAUAGACGGGGCAAGAUGUAACGUCACAGUCGUCACUGCCGCUUACAUUAAGUGUAACGUCACGGAGUUCUUGGAAAAAUUUAACAAUUGCAGUAGUACCAUUGGAAAUGGCAUUGUGAGGCAAAAUGAGAUCAUUAAAACUGGAUCUGUUACUGCAGAAGUAUUUUCUGUGGUCUCAACAUCAACAACUUUUAAUACAACACCAUUAUCAGCAGCAUCAACGACUUUUAAUACAACAUCAUUAUCGACAUCAUCAACGACUUUUAAUACAACAUCAUUAUCAGCAUCAUCAACAACUUUAAAUACAACAUUAUUAUCAGCAGCAUCAACAACUUUUAAUACAACAUUAUUAUCAGCAUCAUCAACAACUUUUAAUACAACAUCAUCAUCAACAACAUCAAGCGGUACAACAUCACAUAUUCCAGUACCAAUAGGAGAUUCUAUCAUUUCCCCAAAUGCUGGACGACGUAAACGAAGUCUGGAAUUCUCGUACAAAAUUUGUCAGGACUUGUACAACAACAUAUCCAACACAACCAGCAUCGUCACAUAUUCUGUGUCGGUAGAAAUCGGUAAUUUCCGUCAACCUGUCGGAAAAAUCAAGUUUAAUCUCCAUCCUGUGAAGAUCAUCCACAGUCCCUCCAUGGUUAUCGUGGCGGCCGUUAGCGGGACCAUAAGCUCCAUCGUCGUCGUCGUGCUGGGCAUCGUCAUCUACCUGAGGGUCAGACGGUCCAGGCGAAAGGCGAGGAACAAUGGGGGACUAUUCUCAGGCGAUAGAAAGACUUUGAACGAGAUUCUGGAGUCUGUUAUAGACAAAGACAAGAAAGCAGACAUAGACAAACUCAUCAUUAAACUUAGCCAGCUCACUCUGGGCAAGAUGCUUGGGGAAGGAAACUUUGGAUGCGUGUAUGAAGGACUUCUGGUAACUGACCCGGAGUCUCCACCUGUAAAAGUUGCAGUGAAAACCUUGCAAGACUCGAUGUCCCAGAGCAUCGACCUGAAGGGCUUUGUCCAAGAGGCCGUGAUGAUGCGAGAGUUCCAACACCCCAACGUCCUGGGGCUGGUUGGUUUGUCAGAGAAAGAGCCGGGCGUGCCCUACGUUGUGCUGCCUUUUAUGGAGAACGGUGACCUCUUGACCUAUGUCCGUGACCCCGAUAAGAGUUUAACACUUCACGAUGUGAUCAAGUUCAGUGCUGAUAUCGCCGAUGGUAUGGCGUAUCUGAGUUCUUUAAAGUUUGUUCACAGAGAUCUGGCGGCAAGGAAUUGUAUGCUGGACAGUGUCCAUCGUGCUAAAGUGGCCGACUUUGGUCUGUGUAGGGACAUCUAUGAGAAGGGCUACUACACCAGCGACAACAAGAAAAAACUGCCCAUUAGGUGGAUGGCUAUAGAGAGUAUAGAACAUGGGGCUUACAGUACCAAGUCAGAUGUUUGGUCACUAGGUGUGGUCAUGUGGGAGAUGCUGACAAGGGGAGUAACUCCAUACCCCGGUGUUGACGGCUGGGACGUCAUCAACUUUUUACGCUCUAGACGGCUGCACUUUCCGUUCUUCUGUCCUGAUGAGCUUUUCAGCCUAAUGUUACAGUGCUGGGCCAAGGACCCCAACAUGAGACCCACCUUCAAGGCUCUACAUGUCGAACUCCUGCUUCUGAUUGGUCGAACUCCCCCGCCCUCACCCUUCUCCACACUUGGUCGUACACGCUCGCCCAGCAAAGAGUUACCCGAACCCACGAACAAAGACUCGCUAUCCCCAAACACCGAACCACAGAAUAAUCCAGAAAGUCCUACCAAAAAGGUCAAACCGGUUCCAAAAACCAGAAAGACCAAACCGAACCCCCAAAAUCAAGUUUUAAACUCGCCUGAGUACAACGCCCCCGGGGAUGUUGUUCAACAUCUCGAGAAACCUAAAGACACGCCCACCUACUCGAACAUUCUGAGCGUGCCCAAACCCACUGUCAUCGCCAACGUGCAGAUCACCAUCCCCGCCUGCUACGAGCCCAGGGAGGACGACCUAUCCACCGCCGGGUCGUACCUUCAGCUCUUUGACAACUACGAACCCCCCGCUUCCACCAACCCGCUCGUCAGGUUGUCCAAAAAACGACAGUUGAGAUUAUCCAACCGAAACAAUUCUAAAAUCUGGAACAGACCUUCAGCAGACGACGCGAAAGGUUUGGCGGGAAAAGAUUUGACGUACUUUGAGCUGGAGAAGAUGUCCGGUAGCGGUCACUUCCAGCAGGACACGGACUCCAUCCGGUCGUCUGCUGGGAUCCACGGGUCGUUUGGCAGUCUGAUGGACACCGGAAGUCGAGAUUCUUCGCGCAUGUCCUCAGCCCGCAGCAGCGCAGUCGUGUCCAACCUGUAUGUCUCUCCUGCGCAUCACCUCAAAAAAUCUCCUUUGGCAGAGACAUAAAAUUAAUAGAUUAAAAAAAAAACUUUUCUUCUGUAAUUUUUAACAACUUUUUUUAAAAUUUGUAUUUCCAAGUAAAAAUUUACUAUAUUAUCUCAACGAAAAAAAAAAUAAUGCCCUGUUUUAGAACAAAGUUAUUCUUCUACACGCACGACCGAUUAAAGGGUUGGAUUAUAAAAUAAAAGAAUAACACAUAACAAAGCCAACUUGAGGAAAUCAAAUCUUCUACAAAAUAAUAUACGUAUAUUUAAUAUUUGGUCUCCUUAUGUAGUUAACUUGUUUGUAGCAGUCGUUUGUAAGUUACAUUAAUAUUCGUUAGUAUAGCAAUAAUGGCAACAGAAGAGCCCUAACUUAUUUAGUAGCAACGUCAUAUAAGUGAGUGUUUAUAUUAGAGGAUGCAAAUCACUGAACUAAAGAAUAAUUUGUAUUAUAAAUUUUAUAUUUAAGGUAUGUUAAAUACCCUCGGACCUGCUUGUCAGUAUGACACAGAGUUCAACCGCUAUAUAGUCACAUUGCAUGGUAGGACAUUGUGUACGCUGAACCUGCCGAUUUAAUUUUCCCCGAUUUAAGACAGGCACCGACAUGAGCUGAGUAAACUCAGUGACCUGCUCUAGA